GAUAAAUCUGACGUGUUUUAUGUUGGUUUAAACCGGCGGGACUGAGCUGUGCGCGUCACUGCGGAUCAGAGACUCUGGCGGGUUAAAGGACGGUAAACCGGCCGGUGAAUAAACCAAACACGAAGCCGGUUUCAAAUGUUUGAAUCAGAGACGAGGAGCUGAUUCUCCUCUGAGCUCUGCAGCUGUUUUUAACGUUAUAUCCUCCAUGUUAUCUGUGUAUAAUGGCAUACAGAGCAGAUUACCGCUAACCUUUACACAGCAGCAGCUCCUGUGAAACACAGAUUUAUUACAGGUCUGUUUCAUGUUACUGUUUCACUGAGCUCUCUGGAGUCAUUACAUGUUUGCACUUACAUCAAAACUUUAUCCAUCUUUCUCAGAGAGCAGAGAAGAUGCCACAGAGCAGGAUGAUGCUGGUGGUGACAGGAGAUGACUUUGGUUACUGUCCCAGGAGGAACCAGGGCAUCGUGGAUUGUUUCCAGGCCGGAGGACUGUCCAACGUUUCCCUGCUGGUCAACGCUGCCGCCGCCAAGGAUGCUGCUGAUCUCGCUAAAAGACACAACAUCCCCAUUGGUCUCCAUGCCAACCUGUCAGAGGGUGUCCCCGUGUGUGAGAGUCUGCAGACGGACUCCACACUCGUAAACCAGCGAGGGUUCUUCCAUGGAAAGAUGGGCUUCAGACAGGCUCUGCAGAGAGGACAGCUCAGCAUGAAACAGGUGGAGCUGGAGCUCAGAGCUCAGGUGAGGCUGUUCAUGGAGCUCACAGGUCACCUGCCUCAUCACAUGGACGGACACCAACACGUCCACGUCCUGCCAGGUGUGCGUGAGGUGUUUGCUCAGGUGCUCUCUGACCUCAGCAUCAGGUUCACUCGUGUUCCAGUCGAAGUGGGUUUACACAGCUGCACCUGGCUGCCCCCUCCCCUGCACAGGUUCUACAACCAGGUAGAGCAAGACGCUCUGGACUCCAUCCCCGUCUUCACACGCUACGGAAUCAGGUGGCCCCAUAUGUACCUGGGACUGACCACCAUGGGACACAACAUGUCUGUGUCUAACCUGCAGAGGGCGCUCCAUCUGGCGCUGUCAGCAGGACGCUCAGGCUCUUCCUCCGGCGGGGGGUCAGACGCCGAUCAGCCCGUGGUCACAGCAGAGCUCAUGGUCCACCCGGGUUACCCCAGUCUCCACCAGCAGGGGGGUUGUGGAGAGGGACCCGACGACUUCUCCAGGUCAGCUGACAGACAGCACGAACUGAGCGUGCUCAGAGACCCCGCCCUGCUGGAAGUGUACAGGCAGGAGAGGGUGCAGCUUUGUGCCUUUAAAGACCUCUGACACCAACACACACACCAAGUGACGUUUACAACAAGUAAACACUCUAAACCUGUGUUAAUUAAUGAACAAUAUCUUUCAUCCGCCCCGGCAGCUCAGGUUAAAGGUCACUAACUGAGCAGACAGUAGCCUGUGGAGUGAAAGACAUGACUGUAACAAACAUAUUUGAUCCUUUAUAGAAAUACUAAACCUGCCACGUUGGUUAAACUGGAUUAAAACUGAAUGUUUUUAUAAACUGAUCAUUUAAUCACAGACAGGAACAUGAUUUCAUACUACAUAAGAUGAAGGAACUUUUAGAGAGAGAUAGUAGAGAGCGUGACCUCAGGACUUUAGCUCUGUAUAGACUUUGCAGAGAAGCACUACAGAGUACAUUUACACAUGCUGGAGAAUCAUGUUCUGCUGUGACAGUUUGAUAUCAAUGUGGAGAGAUUGGUUCUUUUUGAAAGCCAUAAAAAAGUUCUGUCGUAUACAAUUCUAGAUACAGAUGAAUAUUUUGCACCACUGUGUGCUCAUAAUUGCACAUUUCAGUCAGACCUGAGUUUAAAAAUAGAGACCUAGACACCCAGUAUUGUGUCAUUUCCUGUUUGAAUGAGCAUAAAUUGCAGGCAAACUCCUGCACACUGUUUUCUGUACGGUGCAGUAUGGACAGUGUGCUGGAGUUUGACUUAAACUUCUGAUGGACUCAUUCCUCUCCUACACACCUCGUAUUAAACAGACGGUUUUAUUUUUUAAAGCUUCAGUGCUUUUUGAUACUAUCAAUCAUUAAAAUAACAGAGUUUGUAUCUUUUUAAGACAUGUGGUAUGAAAAGGUGUAGAACAUUUUGACAGCAUUACAGUAAUUAAAAAUCAUUUAUUUUCUUUUUUUUGCAAGAAUUGAAAAGAUUAGGGGUUUAGGGUUAGGAUCAUUAGCUCUUAUUAUUUCUGUAAAUAUUUUUAGGAAGCAUUACUAAAUUUAUUGGAAGAAAAUAGAGUUGUACCUAAUAAUCAGUAAACACUCUGUCCAUAGCACGUAGCACUGUGUUGAGCUCAUUAAAUUGAGCUUCACCUUUUCCAUUUGAGUUUAAAAAUGUAAAUGUUGUUAAAAUCUAUAUAUGUGUUCCUUUAGUUGAAUUAGAAGUCACUGUAAUAGUCUGAUAUAGUGUCAUAUAUUUCUUCCAGUUUGACCCUCCAGCUGUCAGGUUCAAAUGAACGUGGCCCUUUUUGGAAUCAAAGUUGCCCGUCUCUGACCCAGAGUGUCUGAUGUUGAUCAAUCUCAGUUUAUAAGGCAGCUCUCCUCUUUGAACCUGCUGUCUUUAUAAACAUGAGAGAUAGUUUUUACACGUCAAAGAGAAUCUCAUCUCGGAGGAGCUAACGUUGCUCAAAUAGUCUAAACUUUGCACCAGGGUUAUCCCGAUACCAGAAUUUUAAACUUCACUCUCUUUUCAUUCAAAAUAUGACUGAAGAUCUGGAUUUUUAAAUCUUCAGUACAUUUUGAUACUAUCAAUCAUUUAGGUAAAGGAGAUGGUAUCUUUUAAAAACACAGCUUUUAGAAGAUUUUGAAAAACAGUAUUUAAGGUAUUUUCACAUGUUUAAAAAGCUCUAGGACACCCAAUGUUACACAGAGCAUCCUCCACAGUCCAGUUUACCUUAAUGUACAGAGUGUGGGAGCGUGUGUAUCAUGUCUUUACCUACAAAUAAACACGUCGGACUCACACCGAACUGAGCAGGAGGAAUCAAACAUGUUAAAAGUCCUGUGGGUGUUUUAGGCUAUUUUUGUAUGUAAAGGAGCUGCGUUUAAAUGAACUCCUCACAGAUUUCAUCUGAUUCACCUGAAGCUUGUUCAGUGAGCUGUCAGGUCGUUAAAUAUUUAUUUAAAGGUUUUUUGUUUUUUUUGUUGAACAGUACGGCCAUAGUGAAUUUCUCCUUCGCCGUGAGACAGAAGGCGGUUUUAUCUCGAACAGAAAAUGUCCAAUCUGCCUCAAACGUCCUGUUUGAUAAUGUUUUAGAUUGCUGACUCUACAUGUCAAUUGUAGCGCUACCUCCUGGUUUUAAGAAGUAAGCAUUGACAUAAUGCACAAUGUCCAGUGUGUGCUAUUGUUUCUUCUAGCACCACAUAGUGGACACAGACUGACAUUGCACUCCUUCCUGCAGUCCAGUGGUCCGCUCAGUGUCCUGUAAUGACCCAGAGGUUAGACUGUACAGUGACGUUAACAUAUUCAACCCUGCACAUUUAUUUUUAUAAUAUUUGAACUGUGCUCUCCUUCAGUUUGAGCUCAUAACGUGUUUGAUGUGGAUAAACUGCUGCUACGUUUCAACCUGUGACAUCACAGAGUUCUCACACCUCAGAUGAAUCAUUGUGCUUCAAACGUUCACCUUUACCUAACUUAAUUUAGACUCAGGGUGUAAUCAAGUUACAUUUUCCUCUCAGUAAUCAUCAGAUCUUAAUGUCAGAGUGAAGUUUCUCACGGUCCACAAUCAAGGUUGUGUCCUUGUGUGUUGUCUGUCACUCAACAGAGGAGUUGAAAACAAUGGGAGCAGACAGGUGUAACAGGAAGUGUGUUGUAAUCACAGCUGAGGGAAGCCUUGAUGUAGACUCUGUGAUUGAAUGACAGGUGGUUAUUGUCUCAGGUGUGUGGAGAACAUGGAUCAGCCUCCAUGUGUUUGUCAGAAGGUGAAUGUGUUUAACUUGCAGGAUGUUUGUUUGUAAUAUUUAUAACUGCUCUUAUAUUUCUAUGGACGUAUCUGUUGACACUUUUUAUGCAUAGUUCUAUUAAAACUGAAACAAUGAUCAGAACAUUAAUAAAAGAUGUUGAAUAAC